AUGGUCUCACUCAAGGGAGGAACAAAUUCAGUGGUGGAUGAAAGGACUGAUUUGCUGGUCGGCUUAAUUAAGCAGUGGACGAGAAAGUAUGCCUACAGGAUACUCAUCAAAGGGAAGGACGAAGAAAAGGGGGAGCACUACUAUAAGGUCACCUUUUACCACCAAAAUGAAAACGAAUCUAUCGCCAAGUGCACGGUGAACGCGGAAUUCACCAUAACUGAAAUAGGACCGAUUGACAUGAACAUCUUUGGAGAGGAGCCCCCAAUUGGCGACAAAUAUUUCGUGACAUUCAAAUUUGAAAAUGAAAAUUUAGUAAGGACGGUGGACAUGGGUCUAAAUUUCGAGGCCUGGAUUGACAAGCUUAUCAAGGAUAAGGAGAAACUUAGGAACAAUCUUGACCUUUCAUCCGAAUUCAUGCGAACUAGGUUCAUCAAACCAGCCGAUGAGGAGAGCGUCGAGGCAAUUUUGCAAAAAAUCAAAGACGAACAUGAAGCGGCUAGGAAGAAAAAGGAAGAAGAAAAGGAACUCCGAGAGAAAAAAAAAACAUUCGUAAAAGUGGAUAAGUUGUUGCACAAAAAGACCUUCUUUGAUGAAACCUUAGAAUUAGACAAAAUAAAUUCCAAAGCGGAUUUUAACAUAGAUCAUGGGAGUUCAGAUUUAGCAAGAGGAAGCACAAAAAAUGUGGACAAUGAAAAACUAAAUGAAGCACUCUCCUUCUUGAAGUACAACUUGAGCUUUUACUUCGCCGAUGUGGAUAUUAAAAAGAAAGGAAAACUGAAGCAGGAGCACUACGUGGAGAUACUAAAAAUGGUGAACCACAAAAUGUGCGUGAGCCACCGGCGUUUGAGGAGCCACGCAAGGGGGGAAGACAAACCAGAACCAAAUGAGUUCCCCCCGGAGAGCUACCUGUUUUACGAUUCAAAUGAAGAGGUGACCACCAGCACGGACGACAGUUCGAAUGGGGAAUUUUCCGACACGCCAAAUAUUCCCAGGGGAAGCAAAAAAGGGACGAGCAAAAAGGAGACAAGUACAGAUGAUAAAAAAAAACUAGUAAACCUUUUCAACGUUAACAAUAAGGAAGUGGACCUGAUCAAAGAUAUUAGCAUUUACAAAAAUAAUAUGUUCAAUGGAAGUAACAUUUUUUAUGAGGUCAAAAGCGUCCCAACGGAUUCGGAGUUUUUCCUUUUCGACGAGGAGAAUGAAUUUUACCCCUAUAUUUACACCGAUAAUUACUACGAUUUUUUACUAUACAUAUCCUUUGCGGAUGAAGAAGACAACGGAUAUGUGUGCUACAACAAUUACUUACAUGCAAUUCCUACAUACUUGUAUGAGCUGAAAAGGAAUAGGGAGCACUUUGAGCCCAUCCCUUUGGACAGCUUACUACUCUACAAACAGCUAAUAUUUGCGUGCUAUGAGAACGAACUGAAUUUCAUGUAUGAAACGUUUUUACAGGAAUUCAGAAAAUAUGAUUUGUCAGACAGUGGGUAUAUCCACCGCUCCCAGUUGAAAAAGGUGCUCCUAAGGAAUGAGCAUAUUAUAUCCAGGCAGGAGUACAAAUUGCUUCUCCGCGUAUUCUCCUACAAUGAUGACAACUAUGUGUAUUACAGGAAUGUGCGCGAGAUGGUGCUUCGUCUCAGAUUCGAAGGAAUCCGAAAUAGCAUUUUCGAGCGAAACACGAAGAUGCUGCAGAAGUACCUGUGCGAAGAAUUAGUCAAACACAACCUCAAGGGAAAAAAGAAGAUACACAUAUUCGACUGCAAAAAUGUUCUGGACUCUUGCAACAAGCUCUACCUAAAUAAAAACAUCAUCCACAUUAUUCUGUCCUCCCUCAACUUUGAUCAAAACUUAGAAUUGGAUGUAGUUGCUUUUUUAAGGGUCUCCAUUACCAUUAUUAUUGACAGCAUAAAGUUGGAUACCAUACAGAAGAUAUACAACUCCAUCAACGACGACAAGCAGAAGAAGGAGGAGUUUCAGAAAGACUCCUCCGCGGGAGGUUACAAGGGGAAAGGGUCCUCCAAAAAGUCGGAAAAGACGAACAUCCCCGCGCUGGAGCUUGUUGAGAGGACCUUAACCAAGCUGUUCAAAGUGCUGGACGAAAAGAACGAAGAUCACCUCAAAAUAAUUGACUUCAUCGAAACGCUACUCGAAUCCAAUCAGAAAAAAAAAAUUAUCGACAUCAAGGAAAUUUGCAAGCUGAGCAAAUAUGAGCUGCAAGGAUUUGUAGCAGAGAUAGACACGGACCCCACGAGGGGCAGCUACCCGAAGGAUCAAAUAAAAGACAACAGAAACUUUGACUUUUACAAAAAUAAAAAAAUUCAUUAUUCAUCGCAUAUCCAUAAAUGGUGCUCCAAGACGUAUCAAAUAAGGUCGUGCAAAUAUUACAGCUAUUUUUUUAACUACCCUGAUGAUUUAAUUGAGAUAGAUGACGAACUGAACAAGGAGCUGCUCUUUUGCGAAGAGGAGAAGGAAUAG